CACAAGACUGUACACGUCGCUGUUAAUUACCCUCUACGCCAUUUGGCUGAAUACACAUCAUUGUCGGCUUUAUAUGGGCUACAAGACACCAUAACUCUUCAAACGUGAUGGCUGAAGGAGGAUCUUCUCAUAAAGUUUCUGACACCUCCAGACCUGAGUUUGAUUCCUACUUGUUGGAUUGCCCAAUCUGUCUGGAACAGCUACACCAACCCAAGUCGCUCCCUUGUCUCCAUUCCUUCUGCCAGGAAUGUCUGUCCACGUUCAUCACCAAGGACCUGUCGGGAAAUAUGGCGUCGGCGACUGCCUUUCCAUGUCCAGUUUGUAGGAAGAUGACCCAUCCGGUCAAUGCGGCUGAGGACAAAAAUAAAUGGGCUCAACAAUUUCCAACAAAUGAGUUGGUUAAAGACCAAGUAAAGGACGUCACAGCACAUGAGCUGAUGUUCUGUAAGCCUUGUGAAAAAAAAGGAAACACAAAGACACCUGCAACAAUCUGGUGUAAAACAUGUAAUGUCCUGUUCUGUGACACCUGUAAACUUGAAUAUCACGAUUUGAUUCAUGAAGGAUGUGAAACAGUAGAUGUAACUGGGAAAGGUGGUAUGGUACAACGACAAGUAACAAAACAGGUCAGAUGUGAGAAACAUACAGAGAAGAUGGAUUACUAUUGUGAAGAUCACCAGAUACUUGGCUGUAGUAGAUGUAUCACCAUAGACCACAGACGAUGUGAAGUAGUGACAACGACACAGGAAUAUUGUGAUAAACUGAAGAAGGAAUCACGACUGGAUGACUUGAAGACAUCACUAAAGAAAACAACAGAAGCCAUUGAGUUAUUGAUCAAAGAGUUUGGUGAGCAACUUCAGACACUUUUAGAAGACCAAGACACCGGAUUGAAAAGUUUAGCAGAUCUACGUCAAAGAAUCGACACACGUCUUGACGCCAUGCAGAAAAAUAGCACAGAUGAGCUGAUAGCAACGUACAAAGAGGAAAAAGAUAAUCUGGAGAUGUCUAUGCAGAAAUGUGAACGACUGAUGUUUUCGAUUCAAAACACAAUAGAAUCCUCUGGAACGGCGAUUCAGAAAAAUGACAGUGUGGACACGAUCUUGUUGUUUCAGAGAGGUCAGGCGGAGGUAAAGUCUUACGAGGACCUUAUCACAGAAAUGAGGAAGAAGUUCACCACAGUCAGAAUCAAACACAGCGUCGACCCGAAUCUCCUAACGUUAGAUAAGGACAUUCCAUUGUCUAUGGGCAAAAUCAAAAUAGAGAAGAAUUUAAAUAGUCUUUCUGGUCCUAAAUCUCCAUUGUUGAAAUGUGGCGUAACCGAGGUGAGCAAGUUCUGCAUCAAGUGUCCAUCAGAUGUCUUAUAUUGUCAUGCACCUGGUGUCGUUUACUUACCGGAUGAUCAUAUUGUUGUAGGAGACUAUAACAACAAAAAGAUCAAAUUGUUUACAGUUUCAGGGAAAUGUGAAGAUGUGAUGAAGGUUUCAGGAAAACCGCACGACAUGUGUCUUUUGGAUGAUAACACCGUAGCGGUCGCUAACUUUGAUGCGCCUGUCAUAUACGUCAUCAAAGUCGAGUCCUCAAAAUUAAGUCUUAUGUCAGAAAUAAAACUCUCACAGAAUAUCACUCCCUGGGGUAUCACUACUACAGGUGACGGGUUCACUGUGAGUUCUAGGGGGGUCUUGUACAAUGUCCAACAGAAUGGAAAUACGCAACAUAUACAAACCUGCUCUUCUCAAUGCUACCAUCUUGUGUCCGAUCCAAGAACUCUACACUUGUAUGGCAGCCAGCCCACAUCCACGAGUGGCAGAGUAGCGGUAUUCAGACUUUCAGACGGUACUCGUACAGACGUGGCGACAGUUGGUAUCCUGAAGGAAGCGUUUGGAGUAGACGUCGACGGCGAAGGCAAUGUGUACGUAUGUGGGCGAGUGUCUAACAACGUGGUACAAAUGUCGGAGGAUGGGGACCACGUCAGAGAACUGCUGACGUCAUCAGACGGUGUAGUCAGCCCGAGGGCAAUAUCUGUCUGUGGGAACAAAUUUGUAGUCACAAACCAAUCAAUAGGGAAUCAAAAUAAUGUACACGUGUUUCAACUUUCCUAAUCUGUGAAAUUUAACUUUGUACAUACUGAUGAAUUAGACAUCGACAUUGUCCUGCUAGUAAAAUGAUUUUGAGUGACAAAAUUAUGUCCUUUAUCGAUAUAAUUUAGCAUGAUAAUAUCAGUAAUAUUAUUGUGAUAUAUUAAAUACCCAAAUAACCCUCAUACUAGUAUAUAUAUAUAUUCUAAAAGCUGUUUAUAAGGAUGGAAAUCAUUAACACUUAUAAAAAGACCCCGGAUUUGUUUCAGCAGUCAUUGCGAGCUUAUACCUUCCUGUGAUCAAAACAUUUUCAUUGAAUCAGGCUCUUAGUAAUAUAGUUUUUAAAGCUAAAUGACCAAGAGAGAUAGGAGUAUGUAAAGUUAAUGCAGACGCAUUCAUGUCCAGAAAAAGAAGCCGGAUACUGAAACGACUUGAUGACUGGAACCAUUUUGAAUAGAAAAUGCGAUUUUCUCUCUUUUUCGCGAGGAACACUGACUGAGGUACAGGCUAUCCAGAUGAGUGGUGGCUAUACACGUACCUGGUGCUAUACAAGGAGCUUAUUUUCUGAAUCAUUACUGAAUGAAAACCAAUCAGCCAGAAUCGCAAAGCGUGAUGUCAGACUUGCUCAGUUUAAUCCAGCUUUUUUUUAAUCUCGGAUGUUAUGAUUUGGGACAUCAUCACUCAUUAUGUCAUUGUCGACAGGCUGGAUCCGGUAGCGUGCGUUUCUAUCGAGUCAGAAGCCGGUGCACUGUGUAGUACAUUGUAUAUCAUGCAUGAGUGAUAAAUAAAUGACCCGUAUUUACAUUUAAUAUUACACCAUAAAAUAUUGCAAGGAAUUAUGAACUUGCUGCAAAAGCAUUAGUUAUAGUUGACUUGUGUUUAAUUAGUUGAUAAUUCCUUUAGAUAGGAUUAACAAGACGAUGAACAAAUUAAUCAAGUACAUUUUAUCAACAUUGUACUGUUGUAAAUCAACUGUUUAUACAACUAUUCAACCCCUUCAUUAUAUUUUUGUAAGUACCUGUAUAUAUGGUCAAAGUUGUAAUACUGAUGAAGUCAGUUAAAAGUUUACAUUUUUGUUACAAAUAAACAAAAAGAA